UACACCCUGCACUACCUUCUACUCCUCCCGGAAAUAGUAGAGUCGUAUCUUUAGAGCGCGUUGAAGAACAGUAUUUUUCAACUUCACUUCCCGUUUUAGGUUAGAGUUAAUCCCCCCAGAAAUCCGUUGUUUGCUACGCGGAACCUAUUCGCUGUUGUGCUUAUCCGACUACCGGUAAACGAAACGGCGUGUGUUCUGUUUGCUACCCGUUUGGACCACCCCAACCGGUUCAACCCCUCCACCGCACUCUCCAACCCAACCUGGCCUCAUCGUCCCCAGAACAACACAACAACCGCCCCCUGGAUUGCUUCGACUCCGGGCCCUUCCACCCAGAAUUUUGCUAUAGCAUAUCAAACCUUUCGACAUGGCUGAAUUCGUCCGCGCUCAGAUCUUCGGAACAACUUUCGAGAUAACAAGCAGGUGGGGCUUUUCCCCACGCCAUUCAUGGAAUCACCAGAGAAACGUCCGGCACAGAGUGGGCUAACAACGACCAGAUAUACUGAUCUGCAGCCUGUGGGAAUGGGUGCUUUUGGUCUCGUCUGGUAAAUAAACGAUCCCUCUCCUCCGGAUCUAUAGUGGUUCAUGAGGAAAAUAUCGCUGAACACUCGCCCUAAAGCUCUGCCAAAGAUCAACUGACCGCUCAGUCUGUCGCUAUAAAGAAGAUCAUGAAGCCUUUCAGUACGCCAGUUUUGUCCAAGAGAACUUAUCGUGAGCUGAAACUGCUCAAGCACUUGCGACAUGAGAAUGUAACUUGCUCCACCCUUCCUCACACCUUGUGCCGUGUCUUUACUGAUAUUAUUUUACAGGUCAUUAGUCUUAGCGAUAUCUUCAUAUCUCCUCUGGAGGACAUGUAUGCAGACAACACUCACCACACAGCUACGUGCGGUAUCCUAACGCUGAAAUAGUUACUUCGUCACUGAGCUCCUUGGCACCGAUUUGCACCGGUUACUGACCUCCCGGCCAUUGGAAAAGCAGUUCAUCCAGUACUUUCUGUACCAGAUCCUGGUAGGCUACCUAAUGUCGAUUAGAUGGAAGGCGCGCGCCUGCUAAUGCUGUGACAGCGCGGGCUGAAAUACGUUCAUUCCGCUGGCGUCGUCCACCGUGACCUGAAACCUAGUAACAUCUUGGUCAACGAGAACUGUGAUCUCAAGAUUUGCGAUUUUGGCCUCGCCCGGAUUCAGGAUCCCCAAAUGACUGGCUAUGUCUCUACAAGGUACUAUCGUGCACCGGAGAUUAUGCUCACAUGGCAAAAGUAUGAUGUUGAGGUGGAUAUCUGGAGUGCGGGAUGUAUAUUCGCGGAGAUGCUGGAAGGAAAGCCGCUGUUCCCAGGGAAAGACCAUGUCAACCAGUUCUCAAUCAUUACCGAACUUCUCGGAACACCCCCUGAUGAUGUUAUUCACACAAUCUGCAGCGAAAAUGCAAGCCCCCCUUUCCCCUCCCUUUCCCCUCUGAUGUCCUUCCUCCUGCGGUUGCUAACGGUUCGCACAGACACUGAGGUUCGUCCAGUCGCUCCCUAAGAGGGAGCGCCAACCUCUUUCCGAAAAAUUCAAAAACGCAGAUCCACUUGGUUAGCCCGAUCUAGAGCUCUUCAAGAUGUCGACCGCCUAGCUAACCCUUUUUAGCAAUCGACUUAUUGGAACACAUGCUCGUCUUCGACCCGAAGAAGAGGAUUACUGCUGAGACAGCUUUGGCUCACGAGUAUUUGGCGCCUUACCAUGAUCCCACGGAUGAACCGGUGGCGGGAGAGAAAUUUGAUUGGUCCUUCAAUGAUGCGGACCUGCCAGUUGAUACAUGGAAAAUCAUGAUGUACGGAUGAACCCCCCUCAUUCGCCAAUUCAAGCUCUACAAGCUGGAAUGCUGACUGGACCCACCCGAAGGUACUCGGAAAUUUUGGAUUAUCACAAUGUAGACGGAUCCGCUCAGUCAUAGAGUGAUGAGUGACCACUUUGUGAAGUUAGGGCUAUAGGGCUCGCACUGCGCUUCAAUCCCUCUCUGUACUCCUCGAUUUUGAACUCUUUAGUGGUUUCAUGUCUAGUUUCAUAUUCCCUCUCGGCGUAUGCGUAUGUUUCUUUACCAGUGUUUUCUAUUGUGCUGCGGGCCGGGUUGAACCUGACCCUUGGUGGGCUGUGCGGAGAGAGCAACCUAAAGAAAGGACUGGCGGACGAUGGGGCAUGAUAAAACGAACGCCUCUCUUUUCUUCUUGAUUUCUUAUUUCUUUACCGUUCACCCGUGGGAUCGGCGAACGGCUGGCGAGAGUAGGGUAGAGUAGGGUAUGGGUAACGAGGAAAAACGUAUACAUGCGGUACACGUGCGGAAGCAAGACCACGGUACCCUGCGGGAAAUCUUGCAACUUGACUGGUCUUAUAUUAUGGCAAGAUCGUGAUAGUCUGCAUUGGGGUUUUCCCAAAGUGGUCUCUCGCUCUUUUUUUUUCUCCUUCUUUUUCUCGCCUGUUGUUGAAGUAUUAUUAAAAAUAAAUGUACUAUACGAUAGUCCAAGUUUUGUGGAAGACCGAAAGAUGAUUCGCCAUCGAUCAUUCAUCCUA